UACAUGAACACUAUGUUUAAACUAAACCCACAACCCCAUUGGUUUUUUCUUCUGAUUUUUGGACUGUUUUCAUAUUCAGUUCAAUCACUGAGGUUUGAAUUGGAAUCUGGUCAGACCAAAUGCAUAACCGAAGACAUAAGGAAGAAUUCAAUGACAGUGGGCAAUUACAGUAUCAUUAAUCCCAAUGUUCAUCAACCCUUGCCUGAUUCUCAUACUGUCAGUGUUCGGGUGGGUUCACUGGAAGGGAGCAAUAUUUAUCACGAGAGUGAUCAUGUUCAGUCAGGACAGUUUUCCUUUGUGGCAAGAGAAAAUGGUGAUCACAUAGCAUGUUUCUGGGUUGGCCAUCAGAAACCCCAGGUAACACUCACAAUUGAUCUCGAUUGGAGAACAGGUGUUGCAGCAAAAGAUUGGUCUAAUGUUGCAAAGAAAAGCCAUGUAGAUGGAAUGGUUCGUCAGCUACAGAUUUUACAGGAAGUUGCCUCUUCCAUUCACGAGGAGACAGUUUAUCUUCGAAAACAAGAAGAAGAAAUGGAACUGCACAACUGGACAACCAACACCAGGAUAUUGUGGCUGUGCUUGCUUUCAUUUUUUGUCUGCAUGUCAGUAGCAGGGUUGCAACUAUGGCACUUGAAGACCUUCUUUGAGAAAAAGAAAAUCAUCUGAAAUUUUUUCAUUUCUUUUAUAUUGUGCUCAUAGCAUACCAGGGCAUCAGUUUAUAGCAUAUACACAUGUGAAGACCUCUAAGUUAUGCAAUAUUGUUCCUUUUAUUUUGUUGAAAA